AUGCUCACCUCCCAGUUGAAAUCGAGACGAAUGGCACACUGCCCUCGAAAACCAAGAGACUACUACACAGCACGAACCAACAUCUUCUCCGAUACGCUAGUGGACUCCUUCGUCCGAGAACAUGGCACAUCACCCCGUUUCGUCUACGGACCUCUGGUUCUUCCGACAGUGCUGAAAUUCUCCACCGGCUCUUCCAAGACAUACCCCAUGGAGAAGUACAUGACCAAAGCCGUUCUAUAUGGCUACGAGCUAUACCAGUCCGGUGACAAGAUCAUUCCCGUGAUAGCUCGAUCUCGUAAUCCCAAGGCUGUGGUCGAGGGUAUGUUGGUGUUCAACCUCGAAGAAAGCAAACGAAAUGCUAUCUUUGAGCUUGAAUCUGGGCUUGGACAUUUGGAGGUCGUUCAAGCGGAGAUUGGGUGCAAGCCAUCGGGAAAAAGAUUCAUUGACGCAGCGGCCUUUCUUAGAGCGGGAUCUCUCGAUGGACUGAUUCCCAUAAAGUCCACCUUCUGGGAUCCUACCGCAUUUGUCAACAGCUCCUUCUACCACAAUAUUGAACAGUCGGUCCAUCGAUCAGCAGAGGAUAUCUCUGGUUCUUGGUUCCAUGCCUAG